AUGGAUUUAAGAAUUCUAGUGUUGUACUUGACCUGCGUCUUUUUUAAGAACUCUGCUUCUGUCGACAAUCGCACUUUCCCUGAAACCUUUAAAUUUGGAUCAGCAACCGCCUCUUACCAAGUUGAAGGUGCCUGGAAUGAAGACGGAAAAGGUGAAAAUAUUUGGGACCAUGUGUGCCACACGAAUCCAGAUUUUAUAGCUGAAGAUGAUAAUGGUGAUGUAGCUGCCGAUUCUUACCACAAGUAUAAAGAAGAUGUUGCGCUACUGAAAGAACUCGGAGCUCACUAUUACCGAUUUUCUAUUUCUUGGGCCAGAAUUGUCCCCAAAGGAAUAGCUGGCAGCCCCAUUAAUCAAGCUGGAAUUGAUUAUUACAAGAGACUUAUUCAAGAAUUGGUGGACAAUGGCAUCGAACCCAUGGUUACAAUGUACCACUGGGAUCUUCCACAAACAUUACAAGACAUUGGCGGCUGGCCCAACGCAGAACUAGUGGCACAUUUCGCUUAUUAUGCUAGAAUUUUGUUCGAAAAUUUCGGCGACAACGUCAAGCUCUGGUUGACUUUUAACGAACCUAAGCAGACAUGUUUGGAUGGUUAUGGUCUUGCAGGGAUGGCACCAGCUUAUGGGUCCAUUGGGAUUGCAGACUACAGGUGUACGCAUACCGUGAUUAAGGCACAUGCACGGGCUUACCGGCUAUUUGAGGAGGAAUUUAAAGCUGAACAACAAGGGAAAAUGGGUAUGGUUGUUGACACCGCUUGGUUUGAACCGGGCAGCGACAGCGAUCAAGACAAAGAAGCAGCCGAGAGAGCACUGCAGUUCACUUACGGAUGGUUUGCCAAUGCAAUUGUCAACGGUAAUUAUCCCCAAGUAAUGAUCGACCGAAUCGACGCAAGAAGCAAAGCACAAGGUUACACAAUAUCUAGGCUUCCUGAAUUCACGGAUGACGAACUAGAAUACAUUAAAGGCACUCACGAUUUUGUUGCCUUGAAUAUUUACGGAGCUGUCAAUGUAACAUGGAAGGAAGAAACUGAUGUCAAUGAUGUCGGAUACUGGAGUGACUUAAAUGUCAAUGAACAGGGUAUUGACGGACCAUGGGGAAUGAGAAAGGCUGUUAAUUGGUUGAGUAAAACUUACAACAAUCCCGAAAUCAUUAUUACUGAAAACGGUCUUGCUAGACCUAGAGGACUAGAUGAUGAUGACAGGAUAAAUUAUAUCAGAGAAUAUUUGAGUAGUCUACUAGAAGCUAUUUUGGAUGAUGGAGUACAUGUGACGCGAUACACUGCGUGGAGUUUAAUAGAUACUUUUGAAUGGAGAUCAGGUUACACUACCACACUUGGACUAUACGAAGUGGACUUUGACAACCCCGACAGACCAAGAACACCCAAAGCGUCUGCUGGUUAUUACGCUAAUGUUAUCAAAACCAGAUGUUUACUAGACGCAUGUGAAUAACAAAUAGAAGUUGUCCUGUCAAA